AUGGCAGAAGCACGUCCAAUAUUGUCUGAUGUUGGUUUAAUUCCAUUUUUUGACGUUGGCAAUGACAUUAAUUCGUUGGGACAAAGAUGGACACGCUGGCUUCGAUCUUUUAAUUUGUAUGCAACAGGUAAAGGAGUUGUAGAGGCACAACAGAAAAAAGCAUUAUUGUUACACAGUGCUGGAAUGGAAGUACAAGAUGUGUAUUAUACCCUGGUGGAACGAGACCCGGGUGAACAUGAAACAGUGUACGAAGUUACUGUAGAAAUUUUGAACAAUCACUUUACACCGCAAGUAAAUAACUCUUUUCAAAGAAACCAAUUCCGGGCAAUGGAACAAAAACCCCAAGAAACAAUUGAACAAUAUAUAACCAGGUUACGACAAAAGGUAAUUUAUUGCAAUUUUGGUAAUGUAGACGAAGCUAUUUGCGACCAAGUAAUAGACAAAUGUAGUUCAAAGAGAUUGAGAAGAAAAUUAUUAGAAAGGCAAAAUGUUACCUUACAGCAAUUGCGUGAAACUGCACAGGCAAUGGAAGCUGCAGAGAAACAAGCAACUUCGAUAGAACAACCAAUUGAAUCUGUCAACAAAGUUUCAACUUAUGCAAGUAAGAAACAAAAUCAAAAUAAAUCAGAGUUUAAACAAAUAUCAUGCUACGCAUGUGGGUUUUCUGGACAUUACAAAACAGACCCAAAAUGCCCAGCAAAAGGGAAGAAAUGCAGAUUAUGCCAAAAUGAAGGACAUUUUGAAAAAUGUUGCAAGUCGAAGAAAAAAAUUUCAAAGAAUCACUUUUCAAGAAAAACAAAUGUGCGACAUGUUGAGUCUGCAGAUGAUACAUGCAGUGAACCAGAUUACGAUAACGAAGAUGAUGAUUAUGCAUUUACAGUACAUGGGAAUCAAGGCAAAGUCAGCAAAUUUACAGUUAAUGUUGGAGCUGAUUUUUUCGUGAUUGAGGAAGACGGCCAGGCAUUAAUACUUGGACAUAAGACGUCAAUAGAACUUGGUGUAUUGAAAAUAGAGACAAAUGUUAACACAGUGACUGAUAAUGUGGUGAAAACUAACUAUACAAGUAAAUUUCCAAAGGUAUUUUCAGGUGUGGGAAAAUUAGUAGACUUUCAAUUGAAAAUUCCUAUAGACAAAAGCAUUCAACCUGUAAUUCAGCCAUUACGUCGUAUACCGUAUUAUUUGCGAGGAAAGUUAGAAGAAAAACUGAAUGAACUUGUAGAACAGGACAUUUUUGAAGCCGUUAAUGGGCCAAGUCAGUGGACAUCACCAAUUGUGGUUGUACCAAAGAAGAAUGGUGAUAUACGCAUAUGUGUUGACAUGAGGCGCGCAAAUUUAGCAGUCAUGCGUGAAAGAUAUCCAAUUCCAACUGUAGAUGAGGUAAUUCAAGAUUUGAAUCAAAGUAAAGUCUUCUCAAAGUUAGAUAUUAAACUUGCGUACCAUCAAACUGUUGAACUGACACCAGAGUCCAGACAGAUAACUUGCUUCAUGACACAUAAAGGAAUAUUCCGAUAUAAAAGGCUCAUGUUUGGAAUAAACUGCGCCCCAGAGAUGUAUAACAAAGUAAUGAGUCAGGUAUUUCAAGGACUUGAAGGAGUAAGAAACAUUUUUGAUGAUGUUGUUGUGUAUGGCUCGGAUUCUAAUGAGCAUAAUGAGAGACUCGAUGCUGUUCUUCAAAGAUUAGAGGAAAGAGGACUGACACUUAAUAUUGACAAGUGUAAAUUCAACAUGGCAAACAUUGAGUUUAUGGGUCACAUGUUAUCAGAACAUGGGAUUGGUGUGUCUCAGUCUAAAGUUGAAGCAAUUGUAAAUGCUAGAAGGCCAGAAUCAGUUUCUGAGACCAGGAGUUUUCUAGGGUUAGUUAAUUUUGUUGGUCGUUUCAUACCAAAUCUAGCAACUGUAGCAGAACCACUGCACCGCUUGCUCCACAAAGAGACAAAAUUUCAAUGGGGACCAGAACAAAAUGAUUCUUUCGAAAAAUUGAAAAAAGGUCUGGUGGAUGCGUCUAAUUUAAGCUAUUUCAGCUUGAAAGCGAAAACUCAAGUAAUUGCAGAUGCCAGCCCUGUAGGCUUAGGUGCUGUUCUAGUACAGAAACAGAAUGAUGAGUACAAAGUCAUAUGCUAUGCAAGCAGAAGUCUCACAACUAUCGAAAGGAAGUAUUCACAAACAGAAAAAGAGGCGUUGGGGUUAGUAUGGGCCUGUGAGAGGUUCCACAUGUAUUUACUGGGCCAUGAUUUUGAGUUGCUAACAGAUCAUCGUCCGUUGGAAUUUAUAUUCUCGCCUAAGUCUAAACCAUGUGCUCGAGUUGAAAGGUGGAUGCUUAGAAUGCAACCUUUUAAAUAUGUUGUGAAAUAUAUUCCAGGAUCACAGAAUAUUGCAGAUUCUCUAUCACGGUUAUUAGCGGUAACGAAAACUGAAUCAAAACAAGGAGAAAUAAAUCAAGCUGAGGAGUAUAUACGUUUUGUUGCAUCUGAAUCUACACCAAACGCUGUAAAGAUUGAAGAUGUGGAUAAAAUGUCACUUAAUGACAAAGAAUUACAAAAUAUUAGAAAUUGUUUGUUAAAUGGAAGAUGGCAAGAUUUGCUAAACAAACAGUAUUUAACAGUGAAACAGGAACUUAGUUCUAUAGGUCAUAUUGUUCUUCGUGGAACAAGACUUAUUAUACCGACUGAAUUGAGGAAUCAGAUAUUGGAGUUAGGACACGAGGGACAUCCUGGAAUUGUUUUAAUGAAACAAAGAUUAAGAUCAAAAGUUUGGUGGCCAAACAUGGACAAGAGUAUUGAAGAGUAUUGUAAGUCUUGUUAUGGGUGCCAGCUUGUCGCAAACCCAGAGAAACCAGAACCGAUGAUACGAACGUCACUUCCGUCUAAACCGUGGGAACAGAUAUCAGCAGAUUUUUUAGGACCGUUACCGUCUGGAGAAUAUCUAUUUACCGUUGUUGACUACUAUUCAAGAUGGUUGGAAGUGACAAUAAUGAGUAAAAGUACAAGCGCAGACCGUGUAAUUGAUGCUCUGGACAAAAUGUUUACUAUACAUGGUUUACCUAUUUCAAUCGCAACUGACAAUGGACCUCAAUUUAUUAGUGACACUUUUAAAACAUACUUGGAUCAAAAUGGUAUAGUGCAUAGAAGAAUUACACCCUUAUGGCCAGCCGCCAAUGGGGAAAUAGAGCGUCAGAACCGUUCAUUGGUAAAGCGCAUGCGUAUUGCAAAUGCUGAAAAAAAGAACUUGAGUACUGAAAUACAAACAUAUUUAAAGAUGUACAGGUCAACACCGCAUUGUACUACAGGGGUAAGCCCAGCUGAAUUGUUAUUUAAUAGAACACUUCGCACAAAACUACCUGAUAUUCAGAUCCGUUCACAUGACGACACUGAAGUACGUGACCGAGAUAGUCAAAGGAAGGAGAAAGGAAAACUAUAUGCGGACACAAGAAGGAAUGCGACAACAAAUGAUUUGAAAGCAGGAGAUUCUGUCUUAGUGAAACAAAAUAGAGGAAAUAAAUUGUCUACAACCUUCAAUCCGAAACCAUUCACACUGCUGGAAAAGCAUGGAAAUAGUGUUGUUGUUCAAAAUGAUGAUGGAAAUCAGAAUGGUGGAAUUAAUGAUAAAGCUCAGUCUAACAAAUUGAUGAAAUCCGUCCCAAGUCUAGAGCCGUCCAAACCGACUAGACCAACUCGUGACCGGAAACUACCAUCCAGAUACAAAGAUUUUGUUUUAAGCAAUUGA